AACGACCUUAUGUAUCGGCUGAUAGGAUGACAUUGGCUAAAAAGCCCAGCCCACUUUCACGCUCUCCUCUUCCGUCCACAUCUAUCGCUCUCACUCCAGUCCACAGCAUUAUCCAUUCCAACAAGGUAGAGCGGCCAAAGCCAACCCACGUCUGGCCGGUCGUUCCGUUCCGCUACUGCUAUAUGUGUGUGAGCGCAGCGAGCUAACGAGGAUUGUGUGAGUCCUCGCCAAGGAUUAGUGGAGUUGGUUUGUCCUCAGCAGAUAGUGUCGCGGCAGCUGCAGUUACAUCAAAGGCUUUAGCUCGCUCUUCCAGGUCACGUCAACGCGAACGUUGCUGGAUAGUAACCGUUUGAUAUCCCUCUCUACUGUAAUAGCUGCUGCAGAUUCGCCUUUUCGUCGCAAAGGCUACAUUUUUCCGAACGGACUUAUAAAUGUCGGACCUCAUCGGAAUGAUGCACUGAAGAAAGACUAGGCUACAUGCAAGCGUCUGUCCAGAGGCUGCAGUAUAGCUGAGCGAUUGCGGCACACUGUUGACGUUUUUUUUACGGUUCCACAGUCUAACAUCAGUGGUUGUCUGUAAAGGGAGAAUCGUGAAUUUCGAUCGCCCUGCGCUCGGCGAAAACAUAAUGGCCACUCUACUGCGGAAAAUCGGUCUGAUUCGUCUUCACGACCGGGACACAGAGGACCCCAAGCAUCACCAGGGCUCACUAAAGGGGAUCAAGGGGAACACGAAGAACACUAAGCAGCACUGUCAGACCACCAACGAGACGAACAACAUCCUCAGCACCCCCGAGAUCAAAGCGAAGAAGCUGGACCAGCACAACAGCAAUGACAAACCGUCCGUAAAGGAUAAGCAACAGGGCAAGGACGCCAAUGAGAAACAGCAGAUGGGAGGCGGAGGAGGAGGUGGGAUCGGGGUUGGAAAAUCAGCGACCAGUGCCUCAAUACCACCACUAGCCCCUCACCGGCAGCACUGCACCCAAGUCCGGACGAGGAGACUUAUGAAGGAACUCCAGGAGAUCCGGCGGUUGGGAGACAACUUUAUAACGGUCGAGCUGGUCGACGACAAUCUAUUUGACUGGAACGUCAAGCUCCACCAGGUGGACAAAGACUCGGCGCUGUGGCAGGACAUGAAAGAAACAAACACCGAGUUCAUUCUGCUGAAUGUCUCUUUCCCCGACAAUUUCCCCUUCUCUCCGCCAUUCAUGCGGGUGCUCACCCCCCGGUUGGAAAACGGGUACGUUCUGGACGGUGGAGCGAUAUGUAUGGAGUUGUUAACCCCCCGCGGAUGGUCCAGCGCCUACACAGUGGAAGCCGUGAUGAGACAAUUUGCGGCCAGUCUGGUAAAAGGACAGGGGCGUAUCUGCAGAAAAGCAGGGAAGUCCAAGAAGGCGUUUAGCCGCAAAGAGGCGGAGGCCACCUUUAAGAGUCUGGUGAAGACCCACGAGAAGUACGGCUGGGUCUCCCCCCCUGUGUCUGACGGCUGAGGUGACGGGCCGGCCAUGACGCUAGCUAGCCAUGCUAACCAUGACACACCACGCUAACUCGACUCCUCCUCCUUGACCAUACCACUCCACCGCUCCAGUUGUUUUCGGUUGCUUUGGGUUUUUUCUUGUUGUUGUCUUCAUCAGCUCACUGAGACUUCAGAAGGAACAAAUAAAGGAACGCUUUCCUACUUCGUCUUCACUUUGCCGAUAAUUGUCAUAAUCUCGUCAUCAUCAAGCCUCCCUCCUGCGCUGCACUCCUCCCUCCCUCCUCUCUCUCUGCGUUCAUCCCUCCUUCGGCUGAGUAGAAGGUUCUGCGGGAUGUGCGUGAACGGACUUAUUCAGGAAAGUGUGUGUGUGUGUGUCAGCGGAGUGUUUGUCACAGCGGUUGAUGGAUUGGGUUUCCGACACACGCACGCACACACACACCAACCACACACCAACCACACACCCACACUGACUGUGUGGGGAUCUGUGGAAAGACUGUGAAAGACUACUGAGAAGAGGGAGAUGUAUCCCCUCUCCUCUUUUGUCCCACCCUCCCAUCUCACCUUCCUUCCUCUCCUCUUUUGUCCCACCCUCCCAUCUCACCUUCCUUCCUCUCCUCUUUUGU